UGUAAAGGAGAGGGUUGUCCAUUCUACUGUAGUGCAGGGUGGGAAGAUAGAUACAAAUGCUUUCAAGUAAAGUCAAUUAAUCUGGUCCAUAGAUGCAAUUCAAAGUACAAGCUAAGGGUUGUGAGUCAAAAGUAGCUUGUAGAUAAAUUAGAGGACAAAGUCAGAAAGGAUCCUUGCAUUGGCUUUACUCAAUUGAAGAAUGACAUAAAGGCUGAUUUAAAGCUCAAUAUCUCAAUAAGCAUGGCUAGAAGGACUAUCAAAGGAAUUAUAAAGAAACUGGAUGCGGGCUAUGAAGGGCAAUUUAAGAGACUAAGAGAUUAUGCUCAAGAAUGUCUCAACUCGAAUCCAGGUAGCACUGUUAAGAUAGAAACAAAUAAGGUUGUUCAAGAUGCUCCAUGUGUGUUUCAAAGAAUAUAUGUAUGUUUUGCUGCUGUUAAAAAAGGGUUUGUAGAAGGCUGUAGGAAGGUGAUUGAGCUAGAUGGGUGUUUCUUAAAAGGUAUGUUGAAGGGAGAGAUUCUAACUGCGGUUGGUAGGGAUCGAAACAAUCAAAUGUAUCCUAUUGCCUGGGCUGUUGUUGAGAUUGAGAAUAAUUCUUCUUGGAGAUGGUUUCUGGAUUUGUUGAAGGGAGAUCUAGGGAUGUGGGACACCACUGACUGGACAAUUAUGAGUGAUCAACAAAAGGGUCUAAGUACUAUUAUUGCAGAAUUAUUUCCUGGGAUUGAGCACAGGAAUUGUGCAAGGCAUGUCCAUGCUAACUGGAGUAAAAGUCAUAGAGGCAAGGUGAUGAAAAAGCUUUUCUGGACAGAGGUGAAGUGUGACAUAGUGGAUAAGAACCUUUCAGAAGCCUUCAACAAUACACUCUUAAAGGCUAGGUCUAAACCAAUAGUUUCAAUGUUAGAGGACAUCAGAGUUGGAGUGAUGAAGAGGAUUGCUGCGAAGAAGUAUUUAGUUGAAAAGUGGAAUGGCCAAUUUGGGUCAUUUAUUAUGAAGAAAUUAAAUGACAACAUUGUUGAAAGUGUUGGUUGGGAGGUGGAUUUUAAUGGUGAUGAUGGAUAUGAGAUAAAGAAGGGGAAGCAUCAAUAUAAGAUCUUGGGAUCUCACUAG